AUGGCAGAGGUUGAAGCAGCCAUACAAGAAAUGUUCCAGGCACCUCAUAUUCAAGUGAUGAAAACUUCUUCCAGGCUGAGUAAAAUAUUUUUGACUGCCAUGGUUUAUGAACUCUACAAAACAGGAAUGGGGGAAACUACUUUUGAAAAGAUAGCCACCCACAGCUGUGAAACAACUUUGCGCUAA